AUGACAACCGAAAGAAACGAAUCAACAAACAAAUCACUUCGUAUACCAGAAUCAUCGACAUCAACAUGUGAUCCCUUGACAAAGGCUUCCACUUCAGUUACAUCUCGUUUAUCCUUUGCUGAUCUAUCCUCUAUGCCAAUCGAGAUCAAAGAAAUGAUUGUCAGCUGGAUAUAUUUCUCUGGAGGAACUGGCGUCUUCAAUGACUCAAGAUAUGCUACAAAUGGAAUUGUUCUCUUAGGUGAUACAAUCAAAAGUUUAACCACACUACAGCCGAUUGUUCAAAGACAUUCUCGUCAUGUAAAGUGGCUGUACUGGAGAGCUUCAUAUGGAGAAUUGUACGAGCAGGAACUCGUUGAAGGGAACCCAGAGAACUGGGAUGAAAACACACGAUUAAAGUGGGAUCCAAAGACUCGAUCUGAACUCUUACUCAAGGUCUUACAAGCUUGCACUCGACUCGACGAACUUAAUAUCGAUCUAGACCCAUUUGAAUAUAUCACUGAUGAUCCUAGUCCAGACACAGCAACUUCGAUGUGGUGCUAUGACGAGAAGAUGAUGAAUAACCAAGAUCAUAUCAAAUCUCGAUCAACUCUGUUCUUUCCAGUGUUCAAGGAUCAGUGCAAGUGCUCCGAAGAAGUUGACCGAUCAGCAAACGUGACGGCUUGGCUCCAAGAUAGAGUCUGGCCCAAUUUGAAAGAGUUUAACGUUUGUCAUACGAAUGGGUUUGAAUCUAUACAUACACUUAGACAGUUGGCUGCGAAAUAUGGAGUUACGAUGUGUCUCAAUGGAAAUAUUGGUGAUCGUGAUGAUCACAGCGAUGAGGAUUCUCAUGAGGAAGAUCUUAGUGAAAGCGAUGAGGAUGAUACUGGUAAGGAAGACUUGGAGAUUCUCAAUGAAAUUGAGAACGAGAAUAUUGAUGGGGUCAAGGACAAGAAAGAUGAUGAGAUCGAGGACGAGAAGCAAGAGGAUGAUACACCUGAACAGAUACAGGAUGUAUUGAGAAUGUGGACUCAUGGAUCUGAUUACGAAGAAGAAGUUGAAAUUUCUGAUCCAAGCGGAUGGAAUCAACCUGAUUUCUAUCUCUCAGAUUCCUUCUUGUUCAAGAGCAAUGUAAUCUAA